AUGCGAAAACGUGGCCAGGUGCCUGCCUGUGCGAGCGUCCGAGCAGUGGGUCACCCGCUGACUCGUAGGAGGGGGGGGGAUGUCCCGAGAACGCUGCUGCAGCUGCUGCUGCUGGCGCUGACCACCACCGGAGCCGCUCCGCUGCGAAGCGCCACCCCGUCCAGCUCCACCUCCUCCACCACCGCCUCCUCCACCUCCGCCACCACCGCCGCCUCCGCUCCCACCGCUACCCGCCUCCGCCGCCUCCGCCUCCACUGCUGCCACCGACACCUCCACCCCCGCCACCACUCCCACCGCCACCCCCACUCCCUACGCUGCCUCCACCGCCACCUCCACCACCCCCGCUAG